AUGAGAAAACUUUUACUCAGCCUAAUUAGUAAUUACCAUCCCAAUUCAUUUCUUGAGAGUCCACAAGCGGCCAUCCAGCAACGGUGCGAAAUCACCGGCGCACAAACACAAGCAAGAGUUGCGCGGUGUUCACAUCCGCCCGCCCAAAGUGGCACGGCUCGUGCAGACGCACUUCAAACGCAGUUAGGGCACACGCCCUCCCCGCUAAUUGAACAAGGUGUCAUUUCACUUGUAUUGCCUAGGUCCAAAUAG